AGUGUUACAGAAUGGGCAUGGUUAAAUGUUUGUGAUUUCUUUUCAUACAUAUACAAAUUUAAUAAAGCAAUUCAAGUGUGAUAACGUAAUUUUGUGUUCAAUCACUAUGAGCUCAUGGUAGAGACCCACUUAUUCGUUCAUAUACAGUUAUUCGCGUAACACGUAUUUUGUGCAUAGAGUUCAAGCAUUGAAUUAGGCCACAUAGCGAUCUCUCCCUAAAUUACCGCUGUUCAGCCUGUCGACGUAUCAAGACAGACUAUCAAACGCGCGAGGAGGGAGAGUGAUGAUCAGAAAGGCCGCGACCUGGUAAUGUGAUGUCAUCAAAAGGGGAAACAGAGGCCGAUUCAGGCACGGUGUCGCCGAACUUAACCACAGUUAAAAAUGAACCGGUAGCAACAGCAAGUAAAGAUACCCCAAGAAGGGGAAACAGUACAUUGCUAAAAUGUACAACUUGCAACAGUUUCAGUACUCUCAGUAGUAGAGCAUUAACAACACAUAUGGCCCAGUGCUCUCCGGACAACAACAAUGUGGCAGCUGCACAAAAUGCGGACGCGAGACCGCACAGAAAACUUUUCGAAUGUGAUGUGUGCAAUAUGAAGUUUUCAAAUGGCGCUAACAUGCGCAGGCAUAAAAUGCGACACACCGGUGUUAAACCAUACGAGUGUCGCGUUUGCCAAAAGAGAUUCUUCAGGAAAGAUCAUUUAGCAGAACAUUUUACAACUCACACGAAAAGCUUGCCAUAUCAUUGCCCAAUAUGUAAUCGAGGUUUCCAACGACAAAUAGCUAUGCGUGCACAUUUUCAAAAUGAACAUGUUGGUCAGCAUGACCUUGUUAAGACUUGCCCACUCUGUAGCUACCGCGCUCCUACUAUGAAAAGUUUGAGAGUUCAUUUCUUUAACAGGCAUGGCAUUGAUUUAGAUAAUCCCGGUCCAGGGAAUAAUUCAGUGUCACUUUUGGCCGCUGGUAUUGCAAAUGCAGCUUAUGCUGAUGGUACAAUGGAUCCCAGUACAAUAAAUGCGCUAGGGUCACUGGGGUCCGGACUCUCGGUGUCUGUUGCUGCUGCUUAUUCGGAUAGUGGUGACAGUAAUGGUGAACGGUCUGUAGAUAAUGCUACACCUCCUAUGCAUUAUUUGACACCCCAUGUAGAAAUAUCAAUGCCCGAUAACAACGAAACAUAUUCACCUGGCCAGUCCAACCAUUUAGGGAAUUCAGAUUUGCGCAUGAAUGGGGAAGGCCCAAGUUCACCGCAGUCGGGGGACAGUGCUGUGGCCAGUAGCUCCUUAUCAGCUGGUCUUCCCACCAAUAUUACACCAUCUAUUACUCUCAUACCCAUUAAACAGGAACCCAACACACAGGAAGAUGGCGGCGGGGAGCGGGAGGGCGAGGCGAGCGUGGACAAGCGCGGCGUGUCCUCCAGCCUCUCCUCUCUCAUCAAAGUCUCUCCGCUCAAGAGCCUCCUGCGAGAAGACCUGCGUAGACGCAUAUCGGCCCGCGGCAGGUCCCGAGGAAAUAAUACGUCGCGAGCGUCUCCUUCGGAAGGGGGUAUAACAUCGACGCACGGCGACGCGGCGUUGCUGCCCUCCUCGCUCGUAUGUACAUUCUGCUCCAUUACGUUCCCCGACUCCACGCUGUACUUCCUGCACAAGGGCUGCCACUGCGACUCCAACCCCUGGAAGUGCAACAUCUGCGGCGAGCAGUGCUGCAACGUGUACGACUUCAACUCGCACUUGCUCAGCAAGAGUCACCAAUGACUGUUUGCAGGGGGGUCGUUACACUUCAACUGACCCGAUGCACUUUUCGCAUUUUUGUGCAUACGUAAACACUUCGAAGCUUCACCUUUCAUUUUGAUGUCCAUUCCAACGCAUUUAAUGCACUUUAUAAAAAUGUUUUUUUAAUGUGAAGUUAAGCACGCCGAGGUGAGUCUUCGAAUUUGUCUUACGCUGAACGUCCCCCCGAAGCUGUUAUUAAAAGUGCAAAUUACUUUUGAAAGUUAUUUAGUUGUUAUAAUAGUUAAUGAUUGGUUUGUAUGGAUAUUUUAGUGUUUAACUAAAAGGGUAUGAGAUAGUUGGAAAUUUAGGUGCGAUGUGGAAUUCCCUUAGCUAGAAAGUAAAUUAAAAUUUGUUAAAUGACGAGAUUCAACAUUCCAUUGUAACAUGAUGCAUUCCAUGUUUGAGAUUUUUCGACCAAUACCAGAGUCUUUGGUGGGGAAAUGAAGUGAUACUUUGAAUUUUUUUUUGUCUUUAUAAUAUUUUAUUUUAUUUAUUGUUUUUAUUUUAUUUUAAGUACUUAACGGUACGUGAACAUUUGAAAAUAAAUUUAUUACGAGGUAUUUUGGUGCGAUAGUCAAUUUUACAAGUGUUUUUAAAACUUAAAUUGAAGAAUGUACAAAGUAAUAUAUUUAUACAUUUGAACGUUGACAAGAUUAGAAAGGCUAAGCCUGUUUUCCCAAUAUCGUUUAUUAUUGUGAUUUUAAUGACAGACAGGAAUUAAAUUCUACAUUCCAUUUUUUGUUGUCUUAUGCAUGUGAUGCAAGUCCACGACUAAUACUUAAUGUACAAGUUUUAAAAAUAUUAUUUUAUUAAAAAUAUGUUGUUAAUUAUUUAUUAUUCUAAAUUACACAGAUUUAGAAGUUAACAUCGUGUACUUAAAUAUCAGCCUUAUUAUAUUAAUAAGUUAAAAUGAGAUAACUAUCACGGAAAAGGCAUAUUUGCUCAAUGAUUUGAACAAGGCUCAACAUUAUGAUGUUUUACGUGUUCUUUUCGCACAAAAAUAUAGUUUUGUUCUACAUUCCUCAGAAUUGGUAAUCACGAGUUAUCGCGUGCUUGUAUCCGGUGCCUGUAUAUUGUAAUUGAUUUAUUUUAUUAUUAUUAUUAAUUGGCAACGACUUAAACUGCUAUUAACUAAAAGUUGUUAAAAAAUAAACAACUUUUCAACUAACUAUUAUUGGGUGCUCAAUCAGAUGAUGGAAAACUGAUUGAAAAUUAUCGAAAUUAGAAUUAAAUUUAUUAUGUGGUACUAUUUUCGUUUAGGUAAAUAUGUUUUAGCACUGAUGCAAUAUGAAUUGGAUUUAGCUUAUAUAUUUGGUCCGGUCCAUUCCCAUUGGAGUUAACCCUGAGAUUUACAUUCCUGUAGGUAAUAAGUACUUAAUAUCGGUUGUGGUCUUGCCUGUUAAGUUUACGAAAUUGACUUGGUUUGAACUGAAAUGUUUACCAACGAAGUUAUGUAUUUUGUUUUGUUGACGUUGGUAGUGGCGUAGCGCCGGUGAGCGCUAGUCCGUCCCCGACUGGGCCUAGUGAGUUACCUGAAACGAGCGACACAUUUAUUUAUAGAGAUUCUUAUAUUAUUGCUGUUUCAUUGUUGGUUAUUAUAUGUAGACUUGAAUAUUUUAUAUGGUCCCUACCGUUACACCGCGUAGUAUAGAUUUAUUUAAGAGCUAUUAAUAUUAUUAAUCGGUAACCCCAUUGGGCGCCUUUACUUAAUCCGUCCAUAUCUAACGAUAGAUAUUGCCUUUAAUAUUUAAUAGAGUUAAUAUAUUUAUAGAUUAUAGAUUAAAAUUAAGAAGAGAUCUUAAUUAUAAAAUGUUUUUUCUGAAUUGAAGAGGUUUACGGAAUCAUAGAAAUUUUAUUAUCUACAUAACUACUGCGACUCUAAUAGAUCGAAUAUUGUUUUAAACGUGUUUACUUACUACUUAAUUUCUUCAAAAAUCAUAAAUUAAAAACCCAUAUUCGAUUUAUUUUUGCAGCAGUAUUCCUUUAAAUGUUUUUCAUCGUUUGACGUAAAUAAAUUAUUUUUUGUGUGGUAGCAACAUAGAAUCGAGAUAUGGACACAAAGAGAUAAUAAAAAAAAACACAAAAUAAUCUAGUUACAAAGUAAUAGUAAUUGAUAUACACCAGUAUUUUUUAAAUCCCUUUUAAACAUAUUUUGGCAUACAUUUCGUGGGUGUGGUUUUACAACAAUUGUUAAAAAUCAUUUAAAUGUAAUAUUUGCUGGCAAGGAUGAAAUUUUUGGUAUGUUUGCGUAAUUAUAAUCAACGAAUUAAAUGUUAAUCGUGUUUUCUCUACAGUAUAAAGUGCAAACAUUUAAGAAUUUGACUUCUUCUUUGUCAAUGAAUAUUGCCAGAUAUAUUAGUUUAUUUAACAAGUGUUACGUCUUUAAAACUUGAAGACAUUGUUGGAGUUAAAUGUUUGUCUUACUGUAGCUUGACUGCUUUGACGUUUGUUUAGCACUUUUUUUAUUAAUUCACUGACCUCUAUAAAAUGCACAGACUAUAAAGUGUGACAUUUUGAUUUUUGCUUUUAGACACGAACGAACUAAUAAUAGAUAUUGUUAUCAACCCCAUGUCCAUUUGGGAUAGAGAUCAGUGCAUCACUUAUUUUGUCUUUUAAAAAAAGGACAGACAAAACAUUGUGUCAAUGCAACUGUCAAAGCGGUCGAAAGCUACAGAUAAUAAACAGGUUUCGGAUAUACUCUUACUUGUUAUAAACAGAAAUGCUUUAGUAUAGCAGUCCUCACCUUAAUACCAAAUCACAGCUUACCAACAUUAUAAUUUUGUUUUAAGUUGUUAUGUGUGUACUUUGUAAGAUAGAUAAAUCAUUAUAAAAGCAAUUAUUUUUAAAUGUAGAGAGAUUGAUAACUUCGUUGAUAUUUUUCUGUUACAUUUAUUGUGUUACGGUUAAGAAAUAACAUAUUUACUAAUACGAAUACUUUUCGUAAGGAACCGGUACGGAAUAUGAGUGAUAGAUACUAUAUCAUGUUAGCAGAUUGUGCCUUAGAACAGUAAUAACUAAAAGAGUAUAGAAAUAUAAGAAAAAAAGAUUUUUUCGAAAUUUGUUUUAACAGAUUAUAAAUAUUUAGAAGUGUGAAUAUUUAAGUGUUUCACAUUCAGAGUUAUAUAUUUACAAAGAGAGAAUAUAUAAAAAUAAAAAUGUUAUUUAUUUAUAUAUGUAUAGUGAAAUGUUUGCGAUAUAGCUGUUUUGCUUGUUUUUAUGAUAAAAGUUUAUUUGCGGUUGAAAAGAAUUGUCGUCCUAUCAUCUUUGACGAUAUAAAUAUGCUAAAGGAAUGGUACUUACUACCAAGUAUGUAGUUUUAUUUAUUUACUUAUAAAUAAUUUGGUAAAGGGUCUACUGAAAUAUUAAUAAACUAUGAGA